AUGGCGAACAAUAGCCCGGAACCUCAGUUACUUAGAGUUUGCAACACGUGGCUGGCCAAUGGCCGACCAGCAGCAGAGGCGACUAUUCUAGUAACUGGAGGAGCAGGGUACAUCGGUAGCCAUACAUGCGUCCAGCUGCUACAGGAGGGCUACAGGGUGGUUGUGGUAGACAAUCUGGACAACUCAUCGGAGCAAGCCGUGAAGAGAGUGGCGGAGCUCGCAGGCGAGAAUGGCAGGAACUUGCAAUUCUUCAAGGUUGACUUACUGGACAAGGAGGUACUUGAAGAGCUUUUCAAUCAAAUUCAUUUCGACGCUGUGAUUCACUUCGCGGGGCUCAAGGCCGUGGGGGAGAGCGUUAAGUUCCCGCUCAAGUACUACCAGAACAACGUCACCGGCACGCUCAACCUGCUGGAAGUCAUGAGCGACCACGGCUGUAAGAAGAUCGUUUUCUCUUCAUCAGCCACGGUGUACGGCCAGCCGAAGCAGGUACCCUGCACGGAGAAUGACGAGCUGCAGACGCUGAACCCGUACGGCCGAUCCAAGCUGUACAUCGAGCGCGUGCUGCAGGACGUGUACGCGUCAGAUGCCACGUGGAGCAUCGUGCUGCUGCGCUACUUCAACCCAGUGGGCGCGCACCCCAGCGGGCGCAUCGGGGAGGACCCGCGCGGCAUCCCCAACAACCUCAUGCCGUUCAUCCAGCAGGUCGCCGUGGGGCGACGCACUCAUCUUUCCGUCUUUGGGAGCGACUACCCUACACGCGACGGCACAGGGGUGCGGGACUACAUCCACGUCAUGGACCUUGCUGCAGGCCAUGCAGCAGCGCUGAGGCGAAUAUUCACAUGCCAGGCAGGAGGCUGUGAUGUGUACAACCUGGGCACAGGCAAGGGCACCACAGUGCUGGAGAUGGUGGCUGGAUUCGAGAGGGCAUGUGGCCAGAAGCUUCCUGUGAAGUUGUGUCCCAGGCGACCAGGAGACUGUUCCGAGGUCUUUGCAUCCACAGGCAAGGCGCAAAGAGACCUCAACUGGAGAGCUACACGCACUGUAGAGGACAUGUGCCGGGAUCAGUGGAACUGGGCGAGGCAAAACCCGAUGGGGUAUGCAGCAGAUGAAGAUAGUGAGGAGGGGGAGGAGAGUGUAUCAGGAAGGGAUGCAGCAAAUGGAGUUGAUGACGGAUUCGAUAAGACGGAAUCCGAUUUUGUCUUUGAUGAUGCCUCGGAUAAUACCGUGGGGUCUACGGAGGUGAAUCAUAUCCUCACCAAGCUUCCCGCCAGCCAUCCGCUGCUCGGCGCGCUGCGCAACCCGGCGGAACACUUCGCGCGUUUCAUCCACCGUUUCAACAAGUCGUACGCGGCGGAUCUCCGCCAGUACCGCGCGCGCCUGCGCAUCUUCCGCGCGAACCUCCUCCGCGCGGCGCAGAUCCAACUCCAGGACCCCUCCGCGGAACACGGCGUGACUCCCUUCUCUGAUCUAACCCCGGAGGAAUUUGCCAAGACGCAUCUCGGUCUGCUGCCCGUGGAUUCCGCGCGUACCGCGCGCAGCGCGCUUCUGGGGAGUCUGAAAGCGGAGGGACGGCUGGAGCGGUCCGAGCUGCCGACGGGCGACCUUCCGGAGCAGUUUGAUUGGCGCGAGAAGGGCGCGGUGACUGGCGUUAAGAACCAGGGCAUGUGCGGGUCGUGCUACGCGUUCAGUGCCGUGGGCGCGUUGGAGGGCGCGCACUAUCUGGCGACGGGCGAGCUCAUCAGCCUCAGCGAGCAGCAGAUCGUCGACUGUGACCAUAACUGUGACCCCAAGGAAAAGGAAGCAUGUGACUCGGGAUGUGGCGGCGGGCUGAUGAACAACGUGUUUCGCUACAUCCAGAAGGCCGGGGGGCUUCAGACGGAGCAGGAGUAUGGCUACACGGGCAGGGAGGGGCUCUGCCAGUUUGAUGCGGGGCGAGUGGCGGCGAGGGUGGAGUCGUUUGUGGAGGUGCCUCAGAAGGACGAUCAGAUGCAGGCACACCUGGUUAAAUACGGGCCUCUGGCAGUUGCUCUGAACGCCAAUUGGAUGCAGUCGUACGUGAAGGGCGUUUCCUGCCCCCUCCUCUGCAACCGCCAUGCCCUGAACCACGGGGUGCUCAUGGUGGGGUACGGCUCCCAUGGGUUCUCCCCGGCUCGCCUGCGCUACAAGGACUACUGGGUGAUCAAGAACAGCUGGGGCGAGGCCUGGGGCGAGCAGGGGUACUACAAGUUGUGCCGCGGGAAGGAUGAGUGCGGGAUUGACUCGUAUGUCUCGGCUGUGGUGGCUGUGAAGCCUGCGGCAGGGGUAGCGACUGAGUAA